AACGAAUGCUUGGCAGCAGAAGAGUCCGUUCUCAUGAUUCAUCACUAACAAAUUUGAAUGGGUAUAAUCAAAAUUGUCAAGUAAGAGUACACAUCAACCAUCAUUAAUUUAAAACACUUAAGUGUGAGAGUUAACAUCAAAUCGAUUAAAAAAAGUUUUGCCCUUUUUUUCAUGAUGAAUCUGACCGAAGACGAAAUCUUAAAGAGCAUACAUAUUAGUAAAUAGGAAUAACAAUUUAUUUUUUAAUUUUUAGAUGCUAAUUGUGUCCAUAAGCUAAUAAAUGCCCAAGAGGAGAUUAGUGUUAAUGGGCUCAUAAUAAAGUUGAAUAAGUCUAUCAUCCAAAUAGAUAUAAAACAAAAUAUUGUACACAUUUAAAGGAUUGUGAAUAUGGAAUAUAUUGCUCAUUUGCUCAUUCAGAAUAAGAGUUAAUUAUCCCAGUAAAAUUGGAUGGAAUGGUUUAAGAUAAAAAUUUUUGGAUUUAUUAAUAUAAAACAGUAUGGUGUCCUCAUACAAUCAAGUAUAUUUAUUAUAUAUAUAAAUAUUUAUAGUCAUGAUAGAGCAUCUUGUGUUUAUGCUCAUAAUGCUUAAGAUUUUAGAAGAGAUCCAAAAAUAUUAUAACCAAAAGAAUGUCCUCAUUGGAAUAAAACAAAUCAAAUUUUAAAUUAUGACAAGGGAGGAUGUCCAGAUUAAGAAGCUUGUAAAUAUUGUCAUGGAUGGAAAGAAUAUGAAUAUCAUCCAUUGAUCUAUAAGACUAAACCUUGUACAUAAUAGAAUUGCACCAAGAAAUAAGGAGAAUGUGCUUUCUUUCAUUCUGAUUAAGAGAAAAGGUAAUUAAAAUAUUUAUUAUUUAGGUUGCGUAAGUAAAUUGGAGAAAACUCUUGGGUUAUUGAGGAACCUAACAUUCAUGUAGAAGCUAAAAGAUAACCAUAUAAAAAUACAUCAAAUUAUUUAGGACCUAUAAUACCCAAUUAUAUUCCUUAAGAUUACUUAAAUAGAGAGAAGAUGGAAAUAGGAUAACCUUUUUGUUAAUAAUCAAUUACUAACACUAAAACUUCUGAUUCUUAAUCUAGAAGAGGUUCUGAUUUUUCAGAUGGUUCUAAGACAUAAAAGAAAAAACAUAAUAUUUAAUAAUAAUUCUAAUCUCAAAAAAAGCCUCGCACUGCUCCUGUUACUCCAGAUUAAAAAUAGUUAAUAGGAAGCAAUUAAACAAUGAAGGUAUAAAAUAAUGUACAAAAUAAUUCUUAUCUUACUUAUUCGAAAAAACUCUAUGAAGAAAUUUUGAAAUUACAUGAAGUAUAUUUUAUUUAAAUCAAUUUUAGGGAGAGUAUAUCUAUAAGAUUCUCUAAGGUUUCAAAAUAUAAGAGAAGAUGCUUAUGUAGAUGAGUGAUUAGUAAAUAUAAGAACUCAAUCUUACAGAGCAUCAAAUUACUCAACUUAUUUAAGCAUUAAAUGCUAUAAAAUAAGAAUAAAGAUAUGAUGAAACUUGUGGAGAUGAAAUUCUUAGUUUGAUUUCAAACUAAGGCAAAUUUUGA